AUGCCACCACUACCGAAGGAACGAGUGCAGCGCUCUGAGCCAUUUUACUUCACAGCUAUGGACAUCUUGGGACCCCUCUUGUUCUCAACAGAAGGCAGCCAGCCCAACAAGCUGUGGGUGUGCCUCUUUACAUGCCUUUCAACCAGAGCUAUUCACCUGGAGUGGAUGGAUGACAUGACCACUGAGACGUUCCUCGACUGCCUGAGGCUAUUCAUCAGCCGCAGAGGAUGCCCCGCGAAUAUCCUGAGUGACAAUGCCCCUCAGUUCAAGGUUGCCAGCACCAUCCUCAACAACCGCUGGGCUAAAAUUGUCCGUGACCAGCAAGUUGCAGCAUUUAGCCAGCACAACAAUUUGCAAUGGAAGUUCACAACUGAGUAUGCGCCGUGGAUGGGAGGUGUCUAUGAAAGAAUGGUUGGACGGGUCAAGAGGAGCUUGAGGAAGACCAUUGGGCGCCAGCUUCUCACCAAGCCGAAACUCAUCACCCUUCUGACUGAGAUAGAAGCCACCGUCAACAGCCGACCACUGACGUAUGUUGCAGGAGAAGAAGAUUUCGGCACUAUCAUCACACCAGCUUAUCUCCUGAAUGUAAAAGCUCCUUCUACAAUGCCAACAGCUGAUCCAGAUCAAGAGGAUCCCCGACCACUGUCGACGUCAGCGCAUCUUGAAAGCCAGCUACGACGGCAGGAAGCCCUGGAAGAUAUGGGAAUCAGAGUACCUGAAGUACCUGAGAGAGCGAUCACGCCAACACCACCGGACAAGGAAUGCGUUACCAAGACAACCAACACCUGGAGAAGUCGUCACCAUCAAGGAUGA